UAGUUUCACUGCCACGACACUCCAUGAAAGACCAAAAAGGCAUCUUAGAUAUUCUCAAAGUCCUUCGUCCAAUCCAAAGUCCUCAUUGCUGACCACAUGGCAGCCAUCCGUGCCAUGUCAUGAAAUAUCAUCUCAUCCCAUCCAGCCAAUAGCUGAAGGUCCAUGAGAUAACCCUCCCUCUCCCUGCCACUCGUUGCAUAAUACUCCACAAACACCAUCCUCGUAUGCACAUUUCUUUUGUACAUAUAGACAUUUAGAUAUUCCUGAAUUCCUUCCAGCCAAUAGCCUCAGAAUCCUUUCAGCAGUAUCAUAUCUCGCCACACAGCAUCCAGGGGAGAAUAGCUAACAAUGGCCAGCUUGACCGCAGCGGCGGUAACCAUUCCCUCCUUCACCGGUCUGAAGGCUGGCACGGCUGCCGCAAGAGCCAGUAGCAGCAGCCUUGGCACGGGCUCGAAGGCUCCGGUUGCGAUGGCUGUGUCGCCCCGUGCAUCUCUCAAGGAGCUUGGUGUGGCCGUCGCCGCCACCGCUGCUAGUGCGAUGCUGGCGAGCAACGCUCUCGCCAUCGACGUGCUCCUUGGAGGCAGCGAUGGUUCGCUUGCUUUCGUCCCCAGUGACUUCUCGGUUUCCUCUGGGGAGAAGAUUGUGUUCAAGAACAACGCGGGGUUCCCCCACAACGUGGUGUUCGACGUGGAUGAGAUCCCGUCGGGUGUGGAUGCAUCGGCCAUCUCCAUGGAUGAGGAGGACCUCCUCAAUGGCCCAGGGGAGACCUACACCGUUACCUUGGAUGCGAAGGGGACCUACACGUUCUACUGUUCUCCUCACCAGGGAGCUGGGAUGGUGGGAAAGGUGACCGUUAAUUAGGUCGUAGUAUCGUGUUUGUUCCUCAUGGUUCUUGACUUUUCUUUUUUUUUUUUUAAGCUGGUCGUAAUUUUUAUUAUGGAAUGAAUGGAUGAGAAGACACCAGUUCUGUCCAUCCAGGAGUUUCCAAUGGUUGUUCUUUUUUUGUAGCGACUUCCAAUUCAUAUAUAUGGCCUUCUCUCUCUGCGUGUGCGUGCGCCUUUACAGGCAUAUGGAUGCAGUAAUAUUUCAAUGUAAGCAUUGCGUUGGAGACUGAAAGGAUUGAAGGAACAUGUCCAGUUCAUAGCA